AUGCAGGAGAAGAUGCAGCGAGCUUUUCUAGCUAUCCUCACCCUUUCUCUUGGGACAGUAGGGGCUGCUCCCGGGCACGUUUGUACCUACUACGAUGUUAUCAAGCACCUGAACGUUUCCUCUUUGGACAAGCUGAAUGCACAUGUGCUACCAAAGAGAAACUGGAAGGAGCCUCUGGAAGUGAAGACGGAUUUCAUGCUGAUCGCUAUUCUCUCUGUGGCUGAAAAGCUCCAGACUGCUACUUUUUACUUCAUGUUGAACUUGGAGUGGACAAACACUCUAGUGAAUUGGAACCCACAGGAUUUCUGUAACAUUUCCAAAGUUGUUCUGCCACUGGAUACGUACUGGUCUCCCCCACUCUUCAUUUUAGAAGAAGUCAGCGAACAGAAGUCGAACAAACUGGAGUACCUGGUUGUCACGCAUGAUGGUGGCUUCAACGCAGCCCUGCCCUUACAGGUUACCAUCACGUGCAGCUUGAAGAUCCUCAGGUUUCCAUUUGACACCCAGACAUGCAACGUAAGCGUGGCUUCAUUUCUCUAUCCAGUAACGGACCUUAUCAUGAAGCUGAAACGGACGUCAGCUGAAAUGAAGGAAAUCAGCCAGACUUACUUCCUGACUGAUGGAGAAUGGAAGUUUACCAACCUGAGUGUCAUCGAAUAUGAAGAAGGGAUGGAUGAUACACGAUUUUCUGUGAUAACCUAUAUGAUUUCCAUGGAGAGACAAUCCAUUCUGUACGUUCUGAACCUGAUCCUCCCGACGUGUGCCCUCUACCUGCUAGAUAUGGCCGUGCUGUUUGGACCCAGCUCUCUUGAGGAAAAAGUCAAUUUCCAGAUUGCCAUCAUCCUCGGUAGUUCCAUGCUGGCCGUGAUUCUUAACAACAUCCUUCCAACUUCCUCCAACAAACCCCCCGUGAUAGGUACUUGUCUUUACUGA